GGCUUAUGUGAGCGGUCACUCGGGAGGCGGCCCCAGAGUCCAAUUUACACGCAAAACGGGGGCCCGACACGGUUCGUGCGAGGAUAGAGACCGUCCCGAGCUGAACUCCGCUUUACAAAUAAGGGGCCGUGCCCUUCCAAGUGGAGCAGAGCGACGAACAGCGCGGCUGAUCUCAUUUUAAGUGAAACAAGACAGCAGAGCGCAUCUGCAGCCAUCGAGUGCGCAUCUUCCCGAAGUUCCAUCACAGGUCGCACUGUUGUUGCAGUUUGACUCCAACUCGGUGGUCCAUUCUCAAUGUUUGAGGAGGCGUCCCAAGAGAUGAGGGUGCAGCAGGAUGGAGCAAGGCUCCACUCCCUGGAGUCCCCAGGAGAAGGAGCGGGAGGACCUCUUUCCUUUCCCGAUGAUACCAUGUCGGUCCUAACCUCCAGCAACCUGUUGGCCCGCUCCCUGCUGGGUCGCAGCACCGCCGUCAAGCGCAAAGAAAGUCCCUCGUCCAGCAUUCGGCGUAAGCGCGAGUUCAUCCCGCUCGAAAAGAAGGACGAAGGCUACUGGGACAAGAGAAAAAAGAACAAUGAGGCAGCCAAGCGCUCGCGAGAAAAGCGCCGUGUGAACGACAUGGUUUUGGAGAGUCGCGUUCUGGCCCUGCUGGAGGAGAACACUCGCCUCCGGGCCGAGCUCUUGGCUCUCAAGUUCCGAUUUGGUUUGGUGAAAGACCCGUCCACGGCGUCCAUCCUGCCCCUCUCCGCGCCUCCUCCUCCUCACACUCCUCCCAGCGCGACUCCCCACUAUUAUCUCCUCAACACCUCAUCCCCACACGCCAACAACCAGACGGGUCCGCCGAGCGGACGGGGCUCCAGAGAUGGUGGCAACCUGUCAGAAGACUCGGGGUUCUCCACUCCAGGUGGCUCCAGCGUGGGCAGCCCAGUCUACUUUGAAGACCGGCUAAGCGACCACGGCAAAUCCUCGCCACACAGAGCAGAGGAGAUGGACAUCUACCACUCCCCCGCCGACGCCCACCACACGAAGGUGGACCAAGCUGAGGCUAUGAAGAACCUCCCCCAUAAGCUGCGAUUCAAGACCCCCGGUAACGGUGAACCGGGCGACGCUGCAGGCGAUGCCAACACCACUCGACGCAGCCCGGCGCCUCCUGCAGCGGAGGGUCCCCGAGAGAGCCCAAAAGUCCAAGAACUGAUUGGCGGAGAUCCGGGAGAGGGCCACUCGGGCCUGUGGCUUCCUCUGCAGGGUGAUGCGCCCAGGAGGGGGAGACAGUCACCCCACUACGCCACCUCGCCCUCAAACUACAACAUGCAGCCUGCUGCUCAAGGGCACACUGAAGUCAAGUAUCAGCACGAGAACCACUACCUGAAGUCUCAGCUCAGCUCUUUGAGCAAGGAGGUGGCUCAGCUGAAGAAACUUUUCACAGAGCAGCUCAUGGCUAACGUCAACUGAGAACUAUCUUUCCCAAUAAGAAGUUGCCCAAAGAGGGUGUUUUACUCGCCGACCUGAAACCUCUAACAAUGUGAUGAUUUUUUUUUUUUUCAAAUAAUGUAUUUUUUGUAAUAAAUGUCUAUAUAUAUUUCUCGUAGUCUGCUGUUUAGUUUGCACGCCCCUGGCACGGAGCGUCCUACUCGUGUCAGGUGUACAGUGUUCCUCCAUUAUUCACAGUGGUUUAGGGAAGGCAAAUGGGGAAAUUAUAUUAAUUGACGGCCUCCCAAAAAUUUGUAUUAUUGCCUUGUCGAUGCUACAAGAUGGCAGUAAAGUCAUACUUAAAUAGCUUGGCCCUGAUCAUAAAAACACUAAAUCGGUGAUUUCUUUCAGGAAAUAAUGAGGAUGACAUUCCCCCCCCCCCCCCACAAAAAAAAAAAUGAACCACGAAUAUGCGGGGGUUCACUGUUCAUUAAUUUCUGUAUUCCAAUGCACUGUGAACAACUAAAGACAACAUGGAACAUUUUCAGCAGGCAUUUUGACAUAUGAGAAGUGCAAAAGUUUGUAGUUCUGACUUCAUAGGAUUCCAAAAGUUUUGCGCUGUUGAAGCACGUGAGAUUUAAUCAUGAACAUUUAGUAGGUAGAACGGUUUAGGUGCAGACAGAAUCGACGUCAACAAGUAAAACUCAGUACUCACAAA